AUGGAGACUACAGAUGUCAUCAUUUGUGGUUGUGGUCCAACCGGCGCCCUGCUGAGUGGUCUGUUGGGUCGUUCGUCGGUCAGUAAUGUGGUGCUGGAGAAGGAGAAGGAAGUGGUUACAGAUCCACGUGGUAUUGCCCUCGAUGAGGACGGCAUACGACUGCUCCAGGAGCUAGGGCUCUAUUCCAAGGUCCACACCGAGAUCGCUCAACACAUUGGGUGGACCUACUUUACAUCCGGGAAAGAUGGACUCAUGACCAGGCCGUUUCUGGGCAUGAAUCUGGGCACUGCGGAAGGGGGGACUGGCCAUGUGGGUGCGAUUGCGCACAAACAACCUCUGAUGGAGAAACACCUCCGCCUGGUAGCUAGUAGCUGCCCAAGCUCUCACCUCAGGCUCGGCUCAACAAUUGUCGUCAUUGAAGAGGACGAGGACUGGGUCUAUGCAAAAUACAUUGACGUGAACGGCACGGAAUGCAAGAUUCGUGGGAAAUUUCUUGUGGGCGCAGACGGGAAGACGGGUUAUACGCGCAAACAUUAUCUGGAACCCAAAGGAGUCUUGCUGCAAACUCUUUCUGGGUAUGAAUACCAAGAGACAUGGGUGGCGAUGAAUUGGCAUAUGGACCUGCCAACGCCAGAGACGCACCCAGACUUUCCGCUGUGGAAACUCAACUAUACGCCCCAACAAGUCUACGAUACCUUCUUUCCUCCGGACUUCCGCUUUAUUGGCAAUCCCGACCGCCCCUCAGUCUGUGGUACUUUCGGUCCGCGAAGUGAGAGGCUGUGGAGGUUUGAGUUCGUCGUGGAUAAAGGAGAAGACCCCCAGCAAGUAUCUACGUGGGAGCAGGCCUCUAAAAUCGUUCUCCCAUAUCUGACACAUCCGGGCUCAAAAUACAGGUUGAAAGACGCUGUCCAAUAUCCCACCGACUGCAUCCACGUUCUGCGGUCGAGACCCUUCAGCUUUGCUGCCCGAAGCUGCAAUAGGUGGGCAGUCGGAAGGAUAUUACUUUGUGGCGAUGCGGCACAUGUCAUGCCCCCUUUUGGUGGUCAGGGGAUAGCCUCGGGAUUCAGAGAUGCCUCCGGCAUUGCGUGGAGACUCGCUCUCGCUUGUCGCCCUAAUUUCGACGGAAGCUACAAAGACCUUUUCCAUGGCUGGUUCCUGGAAAGAAAGCAGCAGCUGGACCGUUCUCUGGCCUCGACCGUGGUCAAUGGGAAUCUAACCACGGCUCGAAACCCCGUCAAAAUCUUACUCAGGGAUUGGAUCCUUUGGUUGAUGCAACUCGUCCCGACCUGGAGGCACCGCCUUGAAUUGGGGCCUCGCUCGGAUGGCAUGGGAAAAUACAGAUACACCAGUGGGAUGGCAUUUCUGCCUGACAUGACGGGCGGCAGGUGCUUACCCCAAGUCUACUGUCGCUCGGUCCAUCAUUCCACCAAAGACGAACUCCCAACUGUGCAAUUCACAGACGACGUUUUGCUGAAUGGCCCCAGAGCCAAUGCACUUCUUCGACUUUUGAUUGUGGUUGACGAUAUAAAAGAGGUGGAGAAGGGCUGGAAGAAAUUGAAAGAGCUAGACCUUGACAAGAUCUCCAAUGGUGAGGUUCGGGGAAGUACGGCCUUGUUUCUGGUCCAUGAUCCAACCCUUGGGAUCCAACCAGAAGAUUAUCUGUCGGACCUUCCCCCAGCGAGCAUAUACAGGAUAGCGACAGCAGACGAGUUCGCCGCCUCGGACCUAUGCAAAAAUCGUCCUUACCCGACGGGGUAUGACAUGUAUCGAAUCAAGAAAGACAUGAGGGGGAGGAAAUACAUCUUGAUGCGUCCGGAUCGAUUCGUCUAUGCAGCUUGCAACACCACUACGGAGCUCCUCGCGGCUUGCGAGCGCAUUCCAACGACACUCUUAGGGUCAUGCCAAACAACGAAACGGCCAAAUAGCAAGCUCUAG